AUACAUGCAUUUUUAUUUAGUCGCAUUACAAAUAUCAUAGCAAGAGGACGUGUUUUAAUUUCCCACUCAAUAAUGAACCUUACUGCAUUCAACAUAUGGUCCAAACGAUCCGGAUAAGGAAAAAGUGCAUCGAGCGCCCGCCAUCGGACACCUGGUCGCGAGAACAAAAGAAUGUGAUAAACAAGGCGAUAGAAACAAGUUAAAACGAUACGACUUCAAUGCAAUUUAGUUUCAACUUAAAUAAUUUACUUCAAAACAUUGUGUUUACUUGUGUUUUUACGUGAAUAAGUGAAGAUUAAAGUUACGAAAAAUGGCUACGGCGGAUCAAUUGAUGACUGUUUUGCAAGAUACGGCAAGUUUACUUCAGAAAACACAAGUGAAUUUAAAGAAAUGCCCUAAGGCACGAUUAACAAGAGGUUAUGUUGAGGCGAGAUUAAGUUGCUUACAACAGUACUGGGCGACGUUCAAACAAACACAUCAAGAACUUAUAAAGGUUAUGCCACGCGAACAACGAGCUGUUACGCAAUAUUUUAUUAACGAAGAAUACUUUAUUUACGAAGAUUUAUACCUGAACAUUGAAGGCGAUCUUAAGGACUUAUUGAACAGCAACACAAAACAAAUCAACCCCAAUAUAAGUAACUCGGAUAACCAAGUGGGAAAAUUACCUCGAAUUCAACUUCCAAGUUUUACCGGUGGUUAUGAACAAUGGCCCACUUUUAAAGAUUUGUUUUUGUCUAUUGUGCAUAACAAUGCGUCGCUUAGUAAUGUACAAAAAUUGCAUUAUUUGAAGACCAGUGUAUCCGGCGAGGCAGAGGCGAUUUUAAAGCACGUCCAAAUUACCGAAAGUAAUUAUACACAAGCGUGGGACAUUCUUCAAAAGCGGUAUGGAAACAAAAAGUUAAUAGUGAAUUCUGUAUUGAAACGGUUAUUUAUGCAAAAGAAAUUAAAUACUCAGUCGGCCACUCAACUGAAAUCAUUAUUGGAUACUACAACUGAAUGCUUAAAUAGUUUACAAAAUUUGGACAUGGCCACCGAUUCCUGGGAUCCUAUAAUCAUUUUUCUGGUAGUGCAGAAAUUGGACCCGGAGUCACAUAAGGAUUGGGAGGAGUAUGCUCACAAGGACGAUUCUGAGGAAUUACCCAAGUGGACAGACUUCGUCAAAUUUCUGGAAGCUAAAUUCCGAACGCUCGAGCUCAUCACCGCUGCUUCAUCAACUCCGCGCGAAAGAACAGUAAACAAAGAACGCACGUUCCACGCUACAGAAUCACACACAGAGAAGAGUUGUGUCAUGUGUAAAGGUAAUCACACACUCGCUCAUUGCAAAGACUUUACAAAAAUGCUACCCACUGAGAGAUGUGAAUAUACAAAAAACAAUAGGCUGUGUUAUAAUUGUCUAGCACCAGGACAUGCGGUUUUCAAGUGUCGACUGCCCAUGUCAUGUCGUAUAUGUCGCAAGCGCCAUCAUUCACUCGUCCAUGUCUCCAAGAGUCCGGAAACAGCAGAACAAGAUAGCAAGACUCAACCGACGCUCUCCAAGGUCAACGAGACUGAACCAGAAAUUCAAGCUACCGUGGCAAUUGCAUCUCAUCACACAGCUAGACAUAGUGAUGGCUUAUCAGCAACCGCAAUCGUAAACGUAAAGAGUGAGCAAGGUCACACCAUUGCACUGAGAGCUCUUAUCGACCCGUGCUCACAGGCAUCUUUCAUCAGUGAGAAAGCGGCUCAAUUACUCAAACUUAAAAGAGAGUCAACAAGAGCAAGCAUAACUGGAUUGGGGCCUAUAAAGGCGAACGCAAAUCAAGUGGUUCAAUUACAGGUUUCGUCGCAAUAUCAAACGUCGUAUUCCAUACAGCUUCGAGCCUAUGUGAUUUCUAAGCAAUUGACCACUCAAAUGCCCAUGAAAACUAUGAAUACAAGCAACUGGUCUCACAUACAAAAUCUACACCUGGCUGACCCAAGUUAUAAUACACCAGGUCCAGUAGAUCUUCUCCUUGGAGUGAAAGUAUAUGCACAGAUUAUCCAAGAAAAUACACCAAUAAUCAAGGGUCCACCGGGUACACCAUGUGCUCAGAAAACAUACUUUGGCUGGAUCUUGUUUGGAGAUAAUGGAGACACGAAUACAAGUACACAAGAAAAAUCUUUCAUUACGAUGCAUCAUCAAGUCGAUGUUGAUGAUUUACUGAAGACUAUAUGGGAAGUAGAACCAGAUACAAAGAGAACAUUAACUGAAGAAGAACAAACAUGUGAAAGAAUCUACGAAAGUACCUACAAAAGAAAUGAAGAAGGAAGAUACAUCGUCAAAUUACCUUUAAAGACAGAAGUACCACGAGCAUGUGAAGGAAAUACACGAGAAAUAGCACAGAACAGAUUAAUACAACUAGAGAGAAGAUUUCUAAAAAUGCCAAAGCUCAAAGAAGAAUAUGUAAAGGUGAUUGACGAUUACAUCGAACAGAAGCACAUGGAAAAGGUACCAACCGAAGAAAUACAUACAAAGAAGAGUGUAUACUUAGCCCACCAUGCAAUUAUUCGAGAAGAGAAGGAAACUACAAAAACGCGCGUCGUUUAUGACGCGUCGUGUAAGGGUACCAAUGGUUUCUCAUUAAACGACGACCUUCUGGUUGGGCCAGUUCUGCAAGAAGAUUUGCGAAGUUUGAUAAUGAGAUGGCGAAUGCACGCUAUAUGCUUCGUCUCAGACAUUCACAAGAUGUAUCGGAUGGUGCUGACAACCAAAGAAGAUUCCGACUAUCAAAGAAUUUUAUGGAGAAGUAGCAGCGACAAGGAAAUAGAAGAUUACCGUCUCCUUACAGUAACUUUUGGAACAGCUUCAGCUCCAUAUCUGGCAGUUAAAACGUUGCGACAGCUGGCUAUAGAUGAAGGAGACGAGUUUCCUGUUGCAGCAAAGAUGAUCACAGAAGACUUCUACGUCGACGACCUCAUGUCGGGAUGUGACACCACCGAACAAGCCAUAGAAGCCAGAAGUUAUGCGAAAGGGUGGCUUUCAGCUAAAAAAAUGGUCAUCCAAUAG